GCCCGGUAAAAGGGGUUUGGGAGCCGCAGAAGCCAUAAAGGAGGCUCCACACACACACAGUCGUCUGGAAGGAAUUAGACAGCUGAAAUAGCGACAGAGAGACGUUUGGCCACUUCUCUGCGCUCUGUGUAACCUGGACUUGGGGGAAACUAGAGAAAUAUUUACCUACAUGCCCCUCCACAGAGCAAAAAUACAAAUGAUCUGACUCAUAUUUGAUUAUUAUCAAAGAGUCAUUGCUGGAAACUUUUUUUUUCUUCUAAUAUGAUUGACGCUGCCAGAGCUGAUGGCUUUUUGAUCGUUUCGAGCGGAUUCAUGAGACGCACUACGCCACAAGUGUCCCUUGAAACUUUGUCAAGACUUUUUCUUCCCGUGGAGCGGUACCAGAGCCGCCGGAGCUGACCGCAUCCUUUCUCAAGGACGAACGAGAGGGCAACAGCUGCUUCAAGAUGAGGUGUCAAAGAGUCCUCACCUAUCUGCGGAUAUUUGGGACCACCAUGUUCGGCGUGUCCCUGCUGGUAGGCAUCUCUACAGCCUACAUCAUGGGCUACCAGUUCUUCACCACAGCUGGCAAUCACCUAUCCUUUGGCUUGUAUGGAGCCAUCUUGGUCAUCCACCUUAUUAUCCAGAGCCUCUUUGCUCUCCUAGAACACAGAAACAUGCGGCGGUCCUUAGAGACGCCGAUCAAGCUGAAUAAAUCCUUGGCGUUGUGCAUCGCAGCGUACCAAGAGGAUCCAAACUACCUGAGGAAGUGCCUGGUGUCAGUGAAGAGGCUGACGUAUCCGGGGAUCAAAGUCAUCAUGGUGAUUGAUGGGAACUCAGAGGAUGACUUGUACAUGAUGGAGAUUUUUAAAGAGGUGAUGGGAUGGGACAAAUCGGCCACAUAUGUGUGGCGGAGUAACUACCACAACAGAGGGCCCGAAGAGACGGACGAGAGCUACGCUGAGAGCCUUCAGCAAGUCUCCAGGCUGGUGCUGAACAACAAGUGUGUGUGCAUCAUGCAGAAGUGGGGAGGAAAGAGAGAGGUCAUGUAUACAGCCUUCAAGGCACUGGGGAGGAGCGUGGACUAUGUGCAGGUGUGUGAUUCUGACACCAUGCUGGACCCAGCAUCAUCGGUGGAAAUGGUUAAGGUUCUAGAAGAAGACCCAAUGGUGGGAGGUGUUGGAGGAGAUGUACAGAUCCUAAACAAAUAUGAGUCAUGGAUCUCCUUCUUGAGCAGUGUACGGUACUGGAUGGCUUUCAACAUUGAGCGGGCUUGCCAGUCCUACUUCGGCUGCGUGCAGUGCAUCAGCGGGCCUUUAGGAAUGUACCGGAACUCCCUCUUGCACGAGUUCCUUGAAGACUGGUACAAUCAGACCUUCAUGGGAUCCCAUUGCAGUUUUGGGGAUGACCGUCAUCUCACGAACAGAGUUCUCAGCCUUGGGUAUGCUACCAAAUACACAGCACGAUCAAAGUGCCUUACUGAGACACCAAUUACAUACUUGAGGUGGCUCAAUCAACAAACUAGAUGGAGUAAGUCAUAUUUCAGAGAAUGGUUAUAUAACUCCAUGUGGUUCCACAAGCACCAUCUAUGGAUGACUUAUGAGGCUGUGAUCACAGGCUUUUUCCCAUUUUUCCUCAUUGCCACUGCAAUCCAACUCUUCUACCAAGGAAGGCUGUGGAAUAUUCUGUUAUUUCUACUCAUUGUGCAGGCAGUGGCACUGAUCAAGUCGUCAUUCGCCAGCUGCCUCAGAGGUAACAUUGUCAUGGUGUUCAUGUCGUUCUAUUCUGUACUGUACAUGUCAAGCCUGUUGCCAGCCAAAAUGUUUGCAAUAGCGACAAUCAACAAGUCCGGAUGGGGGACUUCUGGGAGGAAAACAAUAGUGGUGAACUUCAUUGGUCUGAUCCCUAUAUCAGUUUGGUUCACCGUCCUCUUUAUUGGAAUCAUCUACACAAUAAUCCUGCAGACUAGAAAACCUUUCCCUGAAUCAGAAAAGAUUGUUCUGAUUGUAGGGGCAGUCGUCUAUGCCAGUUACUGGGUUGUACUGUUGACGUUGUAUGCAGUGCUCAUAAAUAAGUGUGGGAAGCGGAAGAAGGAAACACACUAUGAUAUGGUGCUGGACGUAUGAUAUACAGUCAUCAUUUACCACUGAACUCUCUUUUUGGGUUGUUUUCAGUCACACAAUGUUGUUGUUAUGCAAAAGUUUUUCAGAUGCAGAACAGCUCUGGAGGCAAAAUUUUUUGAGUUCAACCUAAAUGGGCAAAGAGCCAGAAUUUACUCAAACUUGAAUGGCACAAUAUAAAUGGCAGUGGCUGCUUUCUUUUGUUCAUUCGUGACCAUAGUACUUACUUUCUCCCUAAUAUGCUUAGCUGAAUAUCAGCUAGCGUAGGCUAACUAGCUAAUCCAGAUGACUCAGAAUUGCAAGAUUACAUGUAUUGCUGUUGGCAGCAAGAAGGUUAUAGGCUUUCUAAUAUUAGCUACCUCUUACCCAUGUCAUUUUCACUGGGCUUCAAUCAAAAAUUACCAACUUAGAAAGAAAGAAAGAAACUGUGGAUUUUUUGCUCCACCCAUUGGGGUUUAACUUUUAUUUUACCUCCAGAGCAUCAUUGUGUCUCCAAGAGCUGUUAGUACACCCUAACAAGAAGCCAAUCUAGGGGAAUGCAGGGGAAGAGAAAAGACUUCAAGUAUAUUUCUGCACAACACUGAGGGUUUCAUUUGUAACUGUAACAGGCAUUGAGAGAGGUUACAGCCAUCACUAUUUUAUUAAUGCAAUUGUAAUCCACAGGUAUCUGGAUGUUCUGUGUUGAUCUCAUUAGUAGGUGAGAUUGACCAGUUUAUCAUAAAAAAAAGACAAAAAUCCACAAGUUAAACUACAACUGUUUUGAUUUAAUUUUCAGUUGUCACUUCUGGGGUAAAGGCAUUGGUGUACCUUUCCAGUGUUUUAAAAUCUCUUUUAGGAAGAGCUACAGUAUCCAUUUGCAAAUAGUGAAAAUUUGCAGAAAGGGCUUUGAAAUGGAGAGCUGCUCUCUUUCUUUUGUUGCACUCAUGUCAUAUGGGAAUGAUACAAACUUCCUUGUCGUCUUCACGUUUUGCAAAUGUAUUUAUGAUGCAUCUGUUUCAACAAAAGUACAUUUUUGUAUCAUUUAAGUCAGUAUGUAACUGCAACUCCCAAAUUUCCAUGGUGGUGCACAAUUAUGUUGUUUGUGGGUAAUAUUAUAGUGUUUGAUUUGUGCUGUUUAAAAUGAAUCAAAAUGCAUCACUCACUGUGGUGGAUGUAUCUUGAAUGUGAAAAGGUGCAAGAUCCUCAGAAAUAUCUAGUUAUGUUAUUAAAAGAAUAAAUCUAAUAUGUUUGAAUGUGUGGAUACUUGCAAGUUCUUGGGCAAUCUAUUGUUAUUCCCAUAUGACGUGAAUGCAGUGUUUUUCGUUUUACGUUUACAAAGUGAAGAAUCUCAAACUGAUCACGGAUUGGUAGAUAUAAUCUCCACCAGAUCAGGUGACCAGGCAAACAUGUGACCUGAAGAGAGACGGUGUAUCAUUGCUGCUGUGACUGUUUUAUUUUUUACAGAAACAAUGACUUUUCUUUUUCUUUUUAUAUGAAAAAAGUAUGAGUGAUAGGUGUAUUUUGCAAAAAUGGUUUUAACACUAUUAUUGUUCUUUCUACCAAGUUGAAUGAUAACCACCAAGUAGACACAAUGGACAUGUUCCAAUCCAAAGGUUUUGUAAUUUUUCUGCCUUCCACACUCCCUUGCUCUCUUCCUUCCUUCACAUACUGUAUUGACUGUACUGCUUCCUUGCAUUGUGUCAAACGAUCUGCAAGGGAAGAAGUAAAUGUGAGAAGAAAACAUGAGCGUACCUAAUAUGGGAAAAGUACUACCUGAUAAUAGGAAUGUGAAUAGGGGCACUUGACGGAAGGGAACAGCAUUUUGGAAUGAAACAAGUCCAAUGUUUGCUAUAAGACCAGGAGCAGACAUGAGUUUAAUUCUUAUGCACUUUUAUGUCUCUCCUGUCGUCCAGUGUGACGUAAUCCAGAUGAAAUACCUCAGUGGUUCUCUUUGCAUCAAGGUGUCAAGAUGCUGUCAGGAGACUGAUGCAUCGUGAAGGUCUUGAGUAAUUUAUGAUCUGUUUGUGAUAUUAAAUAUAAAGGUGUCCUAUUUUAUUCGCAUUUCCUUAUUAAGUCAAAGCUGGAUAUCUCUGCCUUGUUGGCCCUUUGCUGUAGCUGUUUACUUAUUGUUACUUCGUAUUUCAAUGCAUUUAUAUAUAUAUAUAGACAUUUUUGUUCUAUUUUUGCUUAGCUACCAAAGAUUCUUUAUUUUCAUUUAUGUUUUUAUAAGAAAAAUGGAAAAAUGUAUUUCUCGUGCUUUCAACUGUUCUGACAAUGACUUGUAUCUGACCAAACAAUGUGAAAUUAUGAGCUGGGGGUUUUGUCUGCAAUAACAACAAAAAUGCAAUUUGUAGGGAUAAGUUAUUGAUUUCAAGAAAUAUGAUGAACCUGUGUUUUUGUACUUUGUACUUCGAUAGAAAACCAGCAUAUUUAUGUAAGAACAUUCUGUGGUUUAUAGGAUUCUGUGCUUAUUCUGUAGGAUGCUGUACUUAAACCCCCUAAGGUUCCAUAUGUCUACACUGCAAAAUCAAUAAAUACAUUCAGAAAUGAUUUUUAAUAUAUACAGCAUUGCUAAACAUUUAAUUCCUAGAUUUUUUUUUUUUGCUUUUUUUUGCAGUGUUGACACUAUAUGGAGUAAUGACUCCUAUGCUGAGCUCUCGAUGCAGCAAACAAUAAAGCCAAAGCAGACAGAAACCUUUCAUCCAAAAACAUUUCUAAAACAUUUGCACAAAAUCUGCAAACUAUGUUUUAAAAUUGUGAGGUGCCUUACUAAUUAUUAAUAAAAGAAAACUGACAACAUUUUUAUACAGUUUUAAGGAGAGGUUGUAUUUCAAGUUUUUGAUGAAUGAGACCAACAAUUGAACCAUGAGGUCGUUUUGAUGCCAAACCUAGUCAUGGGCAGUGUUAUCAUAAAGCACUUUUGUGUUGUGCCAAAUAAAAACAACUAUUGUUUUAA